UUUAAAAUUCCUUGGCUUUGCACAAGAUUUUUGAGACAUUUUCCCUCUGUUCUAUUCAUAUUUACCAGUAAGUACUAUUCAGACUUACUACACUCCUCUUUCCUUCCGAAUUCCUUCUAACGGUACGCUAUUCAUCACUAUUGGCAACCAUUCCAAUAACAACCCAUUCUUCUUGUCUCCUUUAAACUCACGCCCUAAAGUCACGACCGAUGGUAUUUAAAGUCUGCUCACGUACAAACAGAGCCUCUGGAAAGCAGCUAGUAGUAUAAUUGCGACUAUACCAUCUGUACCCUUUUUCAUCAAGGCACUCUGAGGGUGUUUAUGAGAGUUUUUUUGUUCAUUGCGAUCACGUUUUGGGUGAUUCCAAGUUGUUAAUCUUGAACGGAAGAGAGCGUGAGUUCAAAGAGAGUCAAAACGACACCCCCGUAUUUACAACAUGCUUGGUUUACCUCCGAGGGAGGGGUCGAGUUAAAGGACAUCUCAGCUAGCGUCGACUCUUCGGUUGGAGAAUCUAUAGCUCCUACCGACUCAAGCUUCAGUGUCAAGACUUCUACUUAACACGCAACGAGACGUCUUCGAUGAAAGCAACGCUUUCUUGGAACACUUCUUUGAUUUCUACUUCGAUGCAUUUUGCGGGAUCUUGCGCUAAGUCUACCAACCCCCUUUGUCGUUGGAGUGCAGCUUAUUCUGAUUUUGAUAGUAGACCAAAACUUUCUGAAUGAUUGCCAAGUCGUACGUGUACCCUAGCUGAUAGGAUUAACCAUGUUUAUCGAAGUGUGCUGCAAAGUUAAAGAGCUGUGCACUAGACUGUUGUCAACAAGCUAGCUGAGGAGAAUCCACCCAGGAGGUCCUGGCAGCCUCUGUCGACGGAGCACAGAUUACGUUUUAAAAGGAGUCGCCAUUUGUCUCAUUUUCCCAGGGCACUGAACCUCACCGAUUCUGCACAAUUACUGUCCUUUUUUGUGUCGUAUUUUCUUCACAACAUCUUAAUCCUGUGGAAGGAUUCUGGUUUGAAGCGGUUUUGCUGUAUUGAUAGCCAAUGAGAUUGACUUUGGCCACGUUUUUUGAGGACGCAGUUUGCCCGUAUCCAGGAGUCUCGCAGCACGACGGAAAGAAUUCCACCUCCACAUGACGUCUCUAAUGUAGGCAGCCACAACAUUUGCGUGUCCCCAAACGGGUCCUUCAUAAAGAGAGAAACUACAGGAAGAAUCUUAGCAGAGGAUGGACUGUAUGUAUGAUGGAAACCAUGCCAACUACAAUAGCGCUUAUCACAAUGCCUCCACCCUGGACGCCACGGCGAGGUCAAAGAUUAUCGCCACGGCAACCAGAGUCAGACGAGACAAAGACGAUCCUGACAUCACCGUUCUGGUGGCGGGAAACGGUGUGAACGUAGCCAGGGUUCACAUGCCUGCAGAUGUUAGGGUGACGCCGCUAGGUGUCGUGACUGGCGCCAUAACCGUGGUAGCGGUCGGUCCUUACGGCAACAAGGCGCACUGCACCCUGGUCAAACAGAAACCAGGCCAUUAUCAUGGGACUUAUACACCAACCAUUGUAGGAAGCUGGCUUGUAUCAAUCCGGAUCGACGGAAACGCGGUUCCGGGAAAGAAGUUCACCUGCAAUGUGUACGAUCCCCGCAAGGUGAAGGUGUUCGACACCCAGCCGGGAAUUCUGGGAAGGUUGUGUACCUUUGGAGUCAACACACGGGAGGCAGGGGAGGGUGACCUCUCCGUGGUGGUGAUCUCUCCCAAGGGGCGGAUCGCAAGUCGCGUGCGCAACGAAGGUCUCGGCAAAUAUCGCGUGAGCUUCUCACCGGAAGUCGUUGGGAUGCACAAAGUUUUUGUCAACUACAACGGAGAUGAGAUUGCAGAGUCCCCGUUUCAAAUCGAAGUGGGGAACACCAGUGCCAUAUCUGCCCACGGGAAGGGCUUACAGAGAUGUCGUGCAGGGUCAAGGUCAACCUUCAAGAUCAAAGGCUGCAGUGGCGGUGACAUCAAGGUUACGAUAACAGGUCCCAGUGGAGCCACCGUGCCCAACAUCACUAACGUGUCCGGAGGAAACUACGUCUGCGAGUUCACACCAUUUGAAGCAGGUGACCAUGAAGUUGAUGUGCAGUACAACGGAGAGUCGAUAGAGGGCUGCCCAGCUACCAUCCAGGUGUAUGAUCCCAGAGCUGUGGUAAUUCACGGUGUGGACGAUGGGGUGGUCGGGCAGCAAUGUCUUUUCCAGAUUGAUGUGUCCCAGGCCGGAGCAGGUGAUGUACAGAUUAAGAUCCUGAACCAUGGCCGCCCGGUCAAAUGGAAACUGUCCUCCAUUGAACCCAACAAGCUCAACGUGUCAUUCAUCCCGGAGAGGGCGGGGCCUCAUGACGUCACAGUCACUUUCGAAAAUGACACUGUCCCAGGAUGUCCGUUCCGCUGCAAUGUGAUCGACCCGAGCCGUGUGACGCCCAUCAAGCACCAGCCCCGCGUGGCCACGGCAGGCCGCCUGACCAACUUCACGGUCACCACACGUGACGCGGGGGAGGGCAACACCACCUUCAUCAUCACAGACCCGUUCGGAAGUGUGAUACCGUGCCGAGUGGAGAACGAACGGCAUGAAGUUAGGGCACACUGGACACCGUCAGAUGUCGGGAGGCACCAUGUUCAGGUACUGUUUGGAGGUGUGGAGGUUCCCGGUAGCCCCUUCGUGGUCCAAUCGUAUGACUCCAGUAAGAUUUCGAUUGAGGAUCUGGAGACGACUGGUAGACCAGGUGAAAUGUUGGAGUUCACUGUAAAUACGGAAGGAGCGGGAGAAGGUGACCUGAAAUGUCACGUGACCACAGAUGGGGGAGCAUCACAUGUGAAGAGCACUGUCCGGAAAAUGGCAGCUGAACGGUACGCCGUGACAUUCAGACCCGAAUCGGUCGGCGAACACGACGUUAGGGUUACUUACAACGGAGUGGACAUUCCAGGGACUCCGUUUGCCUGCAACAUCUUGAACCCUGACCGAGUGUCCGUGACCGGAGAUGGGAGGAAAAGAGUUCAGCUCAACACCCCCUACCGGUUCUUCGUGCACACGCAGGGCGGGGGGAAGGGCACGGUGCAGUGUGCCGUCACGGGACCAGGACACGUCCCUGUAUCUUGUAAGCUGGAAGACAAACAUGGAGGUGACUUUAUCGGAGAGUUUGUACCUGAUGCCAUAGGUGAAUACCAGAUAAAAGUUCUGUUUGAAGGGAACGAGGUGGCCGGAAGUCCUUUCGGUAUUUCCGCCUAUGACGUCGAAAGAAUCAAUGUACGGAAUACGACAUAUCAGGCCAAACUCGGGCAACCUGCGAGGAUGCAAGUUGACACUGGUACGGCCGGGGACGGCUCACUACAGGCCCGUGUAGAAGCAGAGAACACGGACGUGCCCUGUAGCGUUGAGAAAGACGACGUGUCCCACUACACCAUCGCCUUCACGCCCAAAAUUGCUGUCAAACACUUCAUCUUUGUCAAGUUCAACGAGACGCCACUAAAAGGGAGUCCGUUUAAGAUCGACGUGUCGGACCCCACCAGUGUCGCGGUGUCCGGGGCGGGGCUGGGGAUCGUUCCUGUCGGUCAUGUCACCAACUUCAGCGUGGACACGGCUCGGGCAGGGCUCGGCAGGGGAGGGGUGGAUGUCAAAAUAUCAAAUGACCAGGGCCAGCUGGUACCAUGUGACGUCACGGAGGAGAAACAGGGACUGUACAAGUGUAGUUACACACCGCACAGAUCAGGUUCCCAUCGGAUAGAGGUGUCGUACGACGGAUCAGAAGCAGUGGGAAGCCCGUACAUAUCUGAAGCGUUUGACGUCACAAAAGUACAUCUCGUAAACAGGCAUCGUCUGGUCGUCGGAAAAGAAGCAACGGUUGAAGUUGACGCCAGCCGUGCAGGUAGGGGAAAUAUAGACGUGAAUGUGACGACUACAGGAAGGCGGGUUCCGUCCAGUGUGGCCAGGAGUCCGUCACAGACAGGAGUCUACUCUGUCACGUUCUUCCCAGAGAUCCAAGGUCCUCACGAUAUACAGGUUCUCUUCAAUGGUAUCCCCGUACAAGGAAGCCCAUUCCGAGUUAACGUCCUUGAUCCGGGGAGAGUUACCGCCUUUGGCUCAGGAAUCCAGUCCGUGCCCAUCAACAGACAGGCACACUUCACAGUAGAUCCUAACGGUGAACAUAGAGGAACCGUUACUGCCACAAUUAACGCCCCUAGCGGUAGAAGAGUGCCCUGCACCAUCGCCCCGACGUAUGACGGGACGUAUGCCAUUCAGUACCUCCCGACAGAAGUAGGUCAGCAUAGGAUAGACGUGAACUUCUCUGAUCAUCCAAUCAGCGGCAGCCCUUUCUACUGUAACGUGUAUGAUGUGUCAAAGGUCACGGUCAGUAAACUUCCGGGGGUGGGGUACGAGGGCAGGGAAAUCAGGUUUCAAGUUGACACAGGCCAUGCGGGUAUGGGUACAGUAGACGUUGAGGUGACGUGUGAAGGAAACAGGAUCCCACAUUACAUGAGCUCCAGAGAAGCGCCCAGACUCUACAAUGUGGGGUUCAUGCCAGAGGAUGUGGGGGUGCACAAAAUCACCAUAACUUUCAACCAGGAACCUGUACCGGGGAGCCCAUUCUUUGUCGACGUUCGGGACAGCGGGCACCCGCGGGCACCCCCGCGGCGCUCCAGGACGUUCUCCCUGGGGGAGAAACACAACGACGCGAGGGCCAUGGUCGUCAAGCCGGUCGUCUCCAAACCUAUUGUCGAGACGGUUGACGUCGGAGUUGGUUCGUUAAAUAUCCGUACUCUCCAAGCACAGGUCAUCACUGAGGAGGAGUUCACGAAGCUGAAGAAGAUAAUCGUGGGUGCAAAAGGCGGGAAAGCGAAGGCCACGGCUAGCGGGGAGGGGCUGUACAGGUGCUUCCAGAACACGCCUGCGCAGUUCAUCGUCGAGACAACAGACGGCAAAUCCGACAGACUAGAUGUCAAAAUCAACGGUCCCAACACUAUAGCCAAACACAAGAUCCAGCAAGACGGUAGCAGAUUCUACGUCAGCUUUACUCCGGUGGAAGUCGGCAUCUUUGACAUUUAUGUCGGAUAUGACGGGACAGAAAUAGACGGGAGCCCCUUCCAUCCAGUGGUAGUGAACCCGUCUAAAGUCCAACUGCUGGGAGAACUGCGCAGGUUACUGGACAAGAAGGGCAGAAUCCUCCUCUUCAUCCGGGAAACUUGCUUCAUCCUGUUGGACACGGCGGAGGCAGGGCCGGGCAAGGUCAAGGCGUCUGUCCAGGGGCCUUCCCGUCAGACACCGGUGCAGGUGGGGCAGGAAAAUGGCGGCAAGCAGAGAAUAAGCUUCGUCCCAGAAGAAGAAGGAAAACACCUGAUAGAAAUCCUCUUCUCAGACGCACACAUUCCGUCUUCACCCAUCUACGGUUUGGCAAAGAAGAGGACAAGUGCACUUCCGGUGGACCAUACCAAAGUAGUGGUCUGGGGGGAGGGACUCAGGAAGGCACAAGUCGCACGGACAGCAGAGUUUACACUGGAUGGGUCUCAAGCUGGAAAAGGUACUCCCAGUUGCAUCCUGAAUGGACUGAAGGCUGAUGUUCCUGUCAAGAUAGAGGCGAUACCUGACAGGAAAAAUACAUACAAAGCGACGUACAAACCCGAUAUACCAGGAUCUUACUUGUUGAACAUCACGUGGUCGGGGAAGAAGAUAAACGGAGCCCCAUUUAAAGUGUCUGUGACGAAACCAAUCGACUCUGCCAGGGUGGUGUUCUCGGGACUGAAGUGGGGGUUUGGCGGUCAGGCGCUCAGGGCUACCGUAGACAUCAGGAAAGCUGGCAGGGGAGGUAAGCUAGCGGCCAGGUGUUUGGGCCCCUCGAAGCCUGCCCGAGUGGACCUGACGGAUAACUUUAACGGCACCUUCCUGCUGUGUCUCCAUCCGGUGGAGAAGGGCAAACACAAGCUGGAGAUCAAAUAUGACGGGUCUUAUAUUCCAGGGAGCCCAUUUAUCGUCAACAUCGUUGGUUACCCGGAUCCGGCUAAGGUGAAAGCCUUUGGUCCGGGCCUGUCUAACGGCGUGCUGGGCAGGUUCGUGGGAGAGUUCGUGUGUGAAACUGUGGAGGCUGGGCCGGGGCAGCUCAAGGUGCGGGUACAUGGACCGAAAGGUGCCUUCAACGUUCAGAUGACACCAACAGGGCCGAAAGGCAGGACUGUCAUUGUCCGUUACGAUCCCACCGAGCCUGGCGAGUACGCUAUAGACGUAAAGUGGUCGGAAAUCCACGUUCCCGGCAGCCCUUUCCGCAUCAUCCUCGUAGACUCAGAGGAAGAGCUACAGGACUUGGAGCUGGAAGCUCGUGCAGCAUCCAACCCGUCAAUCAGGAGAUCUCAGUCGGGAGACUCCAUCGCAUUGGACGCUGACCUGGAGGAGGAGGUGCCAGAGAAGGCGUCACCCAUACUGACAGCCAAUGAGUGGCCGAGGAUGCGAUAUGUGGGCAGGGCCAUCAGAAGGUCAACGUCCGAGAGGCUGCUGCAGAGGCCAACGAGAACGAGAAAGUUUUCCUUCAAAAAGGCUUUCAGUAAACCUAAAAUGUGAGGAAAGCCUACAUCCGGGGCAUCGUAUGAUCAACGUUUAGUUGCGGUGCCUGCCAAGAAGACUUUUCUAAGGAUGCGUGCGUCUGCGUUCAUGUGACGGAAAUAGACUUUUAAAAGUCACACUGCAAGUUUUAUCAGUAUUGUAUCCCUAUUUUAUGCGUGAGCAAAAUAAUCCGUACUGCAAAAUGCAUUUGGCAAUGCACAGCCGGAGAGAUAUGGUACAUAUUCUAUGUCCCUUUUGUAUGAAAGACGUUUCUAUCUCUUUGCAUUUACUGAAUAUUAAAUGCUCGUUUUUCUAGAGUGCGAAAUUUGAAUCCACAUGGAGUUAGCUCUCGUGAUAGAUGCCUCCGAUGAGAGUGAUCUGGGCGUCAGUGCCCUCCGUGUUGGCAUUGACAUGUGCAUAUACUAACUCUUUACAGGCGGCGACAACAAAAUGAGGCUUGCUAUCCCAGGUACGCAUGCGCAACAAAAAUGCAUCAUGGGUA